AUGGCAGGCUUCCUGGUACCCUGUCCUCCAGUGAGGCUAUGCGUGGGUCUUACAUGUGUCCUGUCCCUUUGGAACACAGUGUCUGCUGUUAAAGGAGAAGCCAAGAAGGAAAAGUUCAUGACCUUCCUUCCUACAGCAGCAUCUGGACUUGGAGAAGAGAGGAAGGAAAAAGGGGUGGCUUUUCUCGAUACCACAGAGCUGCCUGCAAGGUCGGUCGAUCUGUCCGCCCUGAACCUGACAGAGCUGGUGAACGGAAUGCUGAAUAGAGCUUUAAAAGAUACCAAGAAGUUCUUCUCCUUGCUAAGCAUCACUUCAUAUAGCUCCUUUGCCUUCCACAAGUUUUCUGUGGCCGUUUACAACAUUUCCAACCUGAAGACUGUGGACCCCACCAAAUUCCCCACCCAGUACUGCUACUGUGUGAACAACAGGACCAAUGACUUAACAGAUUUCACGGCCCUACUGGUGGAUGUCAUUGGAAAUUCUACCAGCUACCUCACAGAGAUUUUUAAGUCAACUUCCAUCCUCUCCGUGAGUCAAACAAACGAAUCGGACUGCAUCUUCAUCUGUGUGAUGACAGGAAAGUCAGGAAGGGAUCUUUCUGACUUCUGGGAGAUGGCAGAGAAAUCUCCUGUUAUCAACUACACAUUCACCAGUAGCAUGUCUGGUGUUCUAGGUGCAGCUCCCAGGGGCACGGCUGUGACUUCAAAACUCAUACCCAUGAGCCAGCAGACACCACCGAGGACAAGCCCCCUGCACAGAGCCCAGAGCACCAGGGCACCUGCUCCAGGGACCUUUCCCUGGACAGAGACAACCCCUCCUGCAGAGGGAGAGCCAGCCAUGAGCACGAUCAGGCUUUCCAAGCUCCACGCCAGGGCCACAGCCAUGGCCACGCAGGGUGGUCCCUCUCCCACCCUCCCAGCAUUGGCAUCCCUGAAAUUAGAGAUUGACCUGAGCCAGUGGCCUCCCUGGGAAACACUGUCCUCCACACCGUCAUCUCCUGCAGAGGCCAUGGCCACAAGGAGCUUGCCCAGGCCUCCAGCUAGGACAUCGGCCACCCACGGUAGCCCCUCCCAGGCCCACUCAACCUCAGGAACCUCCACCCGUGGCACACGAACCCCGAGUCCAACCAAGGCACCUGCCCCAAAAUAUCCACAGACAGGUGACCUCCCUACAGCAUGGCCACUUACCCCUAAAGAAGAGCCAGCCUUGGUCCCAGGACCCCACCAAGUCUCGAGGUGUCCUGAGCUGCUCUUUGAAGAGGGGGCCAUCGCCCCCGCUCCCCUCACCCUGGCCAUCCAGAAGUUCAACCCUUGCCUGAUGGAGCUGUGCCGCUUUUUCCAGCAAUGCCUCUGCAUGAGCCAGAAGAGAGAGGCUAGAGCAGAGGCCAUGAGGUACUGUCUUCAAUACUAUUCCUGGUUUCUGAAGAAUGCAACAUACAUCUGUCAGAGGGUGAAAAGGGUGUCCCACUCCCACACGUUAAAACAAAAAUGCCUCCAGAAUAUCUGUCAGUCAGUGUGA